GCAUGCGCUCAAGAUUUCUGCACCAUGCGGAUCUUCGUAACUCUCCAUACCUAGCCGCACAUCCAGCUACUAAUCAUGCUCAGAGACAAUGCUAUCACUGUAAUACCAGCAGAUCCAUAUGCAGCCCUGAGUCAAACGUGCAAAUCUGACCUCGAACGAACGGAGUGAAAGGUUACCUUGAUCUAUUGUACUCUUUCCCGUCUACUUCCAUCAUUAUCCAGAGCGUCUCCGAGUUCAUAGCAAAUUGUGUUCCACGAUGUCUACCGUCAACGGCCUAGUCUGCUUCACUAAUUGUCUACUGCCGCAAGAGGAUGGGUCACUGAUCGAGAAGGAUUUAUGGAUUGACGAGGGAAGGGGAGUGAUAUUAGAUGCCCAGAGAACCUUCUUUCUCAGAAAAGAGAGACCGGAUACGAUCAUUGAUCUUGGUGGAAACAUCCUGAGCCCUGGGCUUAUCGACAUACAAAUUAACGGGGCUUAUGGGUUUGACUUUUCAGUAUUCGAAGGCGACGAACAAGCCUACGAUGACGGCCUGAGGCGUGUGGCGAAGAGCAUUGUCGAAACGGGUGUUACCUCAUUGGUACCAACCAUAGUGACUCAAGAACGUUCUUUGUAUCCCACUCUUCUCCGGUUACUUCGUCCAGCCUCUCAUCCCAAUUCCGCUACGCUACUGGGAUGGCACGCGGAAGGUCCAUUCAUUGAGAUGGCCAAACGUGGCGCUCAUACUCCGUCCUUCCUCAUGAGUGCACAGGAGGGUUUUAAGACGUUCGAGGACGUUUAUGGUGCAGAGAACCUCGUAGAGGACGAAGAUUGGCUUAUGGGUGAUGCCGUUGGUGUACGGAUGGUCACUGCGGCACCCGAGGUUACUGGUGUCAUGGAAGCUAUUGAGAUUCUCACGAAGAGAGGAAUUGCUUUCUCUAUUGGGCAUAGCAUUGCCACUUCAGAUAUCGCCACUGCAGCAGUAACGCGUGGUGCCUGCUUGAUUACGCACCUCUUCAAUGCCAUGCCACAGCUACACCACCGCGAUCCUUCGAUCAUUGGCUUGCUAGGACUAUCUCCACACUUGGCCUCUCCGUUCACUCCCUUAGCUACCAACAGCUUCUUCGGUUCUGGUCCUGGUUCGCCUAAAUCGUUGAGCAGAUCAUCCAGUCGUGCUGGCCUAAGAUUGAAAGGAGCCAAGUCCGUCACCGUAUCUGCAGCCUCUGAAGCGUUCGAUGAGCUCGAGACACCUCCCCAAAGCCCCAUGUUUGCAUCAGCUAAGAAUAAUAAGCAAGGGGGGUUGAGUCGGGUUGAUGCUAUUCCUCCUUUGACGCUAGAUCCUGUUGACGCACGGAAGAACGACUUUGAGAGGCCAUUCUAUGAAAUGAUUGUGGAUGGGAUCCACUCUCAUCCCAAUUCCGUCAGGCUGGCUUAUUCCGCAUUCCCGGAGGGUUGCAUCUUGAUCACCGAUGCCAUGAAGAUUUUGGAUCCGAAACUGCACGACGGCGUUCAUGAAUGGAGAGAUGGAAAGCGUUUUGUGAAAGAGGGAGAGAAACUGUAUCUUGAGGGUACCAACACCCUUGCUGGAAGUGUUAUCACUUUGGACAAGUGCGUGCGUAACUUUAGCCGCUUCACUGGUGCAUCGAUAGGUCAAGCUUUGAGAUGCGCUACGUUCAAUCCUGCGAAGUGCCUCGGAAUAGAAAACAAGAAAGGGACGCUCCGUCCGGGAGCAGAUGCUGAUCUCGUUGUUCUUGACCGGGAGGGUAAGGUGCAAAGCACUUGGGUGAAAGGGAAACAAGUUUGGAAAAGGAUCUAAAUUUGAGUGUGGUGUGUUUUAAGUGAUUAUAUUCUAUACUUGCCAGGUGUAAUUACGAUGGAAUCCUUUCUCUUUCUGAAGCGAC